UAAGGAGCGAACAUGACCUCCGCACACCAUGAAGAAGUCGGGCGCCGAGUUGUGGCAGCAGGCGCAGGCGACAACAGCAGCAGCAGGGGCCCGGGCAGGAGCGGCGACGGCCCGAGGGGCGCUCCGUGGCAUGCGCCAGUCUCCCGGAGGCCGGGGCGCGCGCGGGGGCCCGGAGGCGCCCGCCGGGGCUCGGGGGCCUGCGCUCCGGCUGCCCCACCCCGCGCGGCCCGCGCCGAGCGCGGCUCUCGGGCCCCGGCGCACCCCGGAGGAACGCAGCCGCCGCUUCCCUGGGGUCGGCGAAGCCUGCCGGGGUCGGCGCCUCCCCAAAAAGAGGCCCCCCCGCAGCGGCUCCCGACUGUCGGGCUCGCCAGCCUCGGCUUCCUACAUGGAAGAUCCGCGGGGGCAAAAAACGGAAGGCGUUCGGCUGAGCUGCUGGAGGGAGUAACCGGAUCUCCUCAAAUUCCGUGCACACGAAGACUCGGAGGAGGGGGCCGAGCGGACUUCACCCCGCAUGAGAUGUCUGGCGAAAUAAAGGCUCAAAAUCUAAUAACCAAAUAUGCAAAGCCCCGAAUGAAAACCACCACCACCUCCUCGCACACUGGAGAUCUGGGGCCGUCAGACUUGAGCUGGGGUUAAAAAAAAAAAAAAAAAAAAGAAAAGAAAAAAGAAAAUGUUUACAAAG